AUGGCGGAGCUGCCUAUCGCCCCGGGCCAGAUCUACAUCGAGGUGGAGUACGACUAUGAGUACAAGUCCAAGGACCGCGUCAUUACCAUCCACCAGGGGGAAUGUUACAUGCUGGUCAAAAAGACCAACGAGGACUGGUGGCAGGUGAGGAAGGACGAGGAGAGUAAAGCUUUUUAUGUACCCGCUCAGUAUGUCAGAGAGGUCCGCAAAGCCCUCAUGCCUCCUCCUAAACCUCUACCGCAUCCUCCCGUUGCCUCUGGAAACCCACCCACGCAAAGUGGCGGAGUACUCUGGAUAAAGCCGACCAACCUAGACCUGGGACCUCCAGCCGAAAACCUCCACAGACACGACUCCAGCUAUCAGCGUUCACCCACUGCCUCUUAUGGACACUCGAGUCCCCCGAUUUAUCGCAGGGACAGCAAAAACCAGCACCCGCCGCCUAUCACACCCGCCGACCACGAGCGAGCUCUGGCCGAGAUCCUCGUCCAAGGCCCCCACCCUCCCCACCGAGGCGGGUCCAGCACUCUGCCGCGCAACCGAGCCCGAUCCCCAGACAUGGUCAGAGCCCCGCUGGAUGUGGACAGCACCCAUCACUGUGACUCUGCGGGCGAAGAGAGGCGCACAAAUGAUUCGGAGUCGGGAGACGAACUGAGCAGCAGUUCCACUGAACAUCUCCAGACGGUGUCCUCGUUAGGCCACGGCCGCCCCGAGUCGCCCGUCUACACCAACCUGCAGGAGCUGAAGAUCACCCAGUCCAACCAGCCCCCUCCGCCCUCCAGCUCCCCGGUCCACGUGCUGGGCGACUGGGAGACUUACAAGGACCAGAACGGCAGGCACUACUACUACAACCGCUCCACCCAGGAAAGGACCUGGAAGCCGCCCCGAGCCAGGGACGCCAGCACCGGGAACUCCAGAGGAGACAACCACAGUGCAGGAGAGAGCUCGGAGACCACUCCUCUCUCGCUAUCGCCGUCUUUCCUCCCCUUCCUCUCGCUCUCCAUCGGCCGUCUCCAGCCUCAUUCGUCGGAGGACACCUGCUUCAGUACCUACUCUAGCCAAUCAGACAGUCAGUAUGGCUCGCCACCGCGUGGCUGGUCAGAGGAGAUGGACGAGCACGGCCACACGCUGUACGUCAGCGACUAUACUAAUGAGAAGUGGUUAAAACACGUAGAUGACCAGGGCAGACCGUAUUACUACAGCGCAGAUGGCUCCAGGUCAGAAUGGGAGUUGCCAAAGUACAACCACUCCCCUCCGCAGCCAUCCGGAGACGCUCCGAAGAGUCGCAGUCUGGACAGGAAGAACGUGGAGCCCAUCGUCCUGACCAAGUGGAGACACAGCGCCUACGUCCAAGAUCCCAACGACAAGCGGCUGCUCAAAACCAGGCGUUUCCGCUCAGGCUCUGCCCGUCUACACCCGUACAAACACCAAGACGCUCCAUCGGGGCCCAAGUCCCCCUCUCCUGACUCUGACUCCAACCCUUCAUCUCCCAAGCCCCCCACCUCUCCGUCUGAAAAGUGCGGCGUUCUGAAUGUGACAAAGAUAACAGAGCACGGCAAGAAAGUUCGGAAGAACUGGACUUCUUCUUGGGCGGUUCUGCAAGGAUCCAUGUUGCUGUUUGCUAAAGGCCAGGGAGGCGGGACCAGCUGGUUUGGAGUCGGUCAGUCCAAACCAGAGUUCACUGUGGAUCUGAGGGGCGGCUCGGUGGAGUGGGCAUCAAAGGACAAAUCCAGCAAGAAGCAUGUUAUAGAGGUGAAGACUCGACAGGGUACGGAGCUGCUGAUCCAGUCAGAAAACGAUGUCGUCGUCAACGACUGGUACCGAGCGCUGCUGGACACCAUCAGCACCCAUGCAUGGGAGUCUGAUGAGGCAAUAGAAGAGGACAUGCCCGAUUCGCCAGGUGCAGAGAAAAAUGACAAGGAGAAAGAACACAGAGACUCCAAGAAAGGCAGAGCCAUGAAGAACUCGGCCAGCAUGGACACAUCGGAGAACAAGAAGACGAGACACAAGCUGAAGAAGUUCCUCACCCGCCGUCCGACCCUGCAGGCCGUCAGAGACAAAGGAUACAUCAAAGAUCAGGUGUUUGGCUGCAGUCUCUCCAGUCUGUGUCACAGGGAGAACAGCACGGUGCCGAGCUUCGUCAGGACAUGCAUUGACCAUGUGGAGAACAACAGUCUGUGUGUGGACGGGCUGUACAGAGUUAGUGGAAACCUUGCUGUCAUACAAAAACUACGCUUUGCUGUCAAUCAUGAUGAGAGGGUGAACCUUGCAGACUCGAAGUGGGAGGACAUCCAUGUGACCACCGGAGCUUUAAAGAUGUACUUCAGAGAGCUGCCGGAGCCUCUCUUCAGCUUCGCUCUCUUCCACGACUUUGUCAGCGCCAUCAAGAAUCCAGACUACAAGCAGCGAGUUCAUUCCAUCAAAGAGCUGGUCAGACAGCUGCCGAAGCCAAACCACGACACCAUGCAGGCGCUCUUCAAACAUCUCCGAAGGGUGAUCGACCACGGGGAGGAGAACCGUAUGACCACCCAGAGCGUAGCCAUCGUGUUCGGCCCCACGCUGCUGCGGCCUGAGACGGAGACCUUGAACAUGGCGGUCCACAUGGUCUACCAGAACCAGAUAGUGGAGCUUAUAUUGCUGGAGUACGAGAACAUAUUUGGGAGGUAGACGGAGGAGACGCCUGAGGAUGAGCCGUUUCUUAUUAUUAUUAUUUUCCCCCAUCCUCUACCAACGCAGAGCUCUUCCUAACCCGGCAUGGCUAGGAUCAGCUCGGCUCGGCUCAGCGUGGUCUGGAUCAGGGGCAGCUUUUUCUUCAUCUCAUACCAACUUGUGGUCACCGGCUUUUUCCAAAUAUUGCAAAACCUACCGGACCAGAGCCACGCAAAAAAAGUCUCCUGAUGAACCAAAACAAAAAAACAAAAAAAACAUAGUGUAACUAACUAACUAGCGACCAAAAAUUUUAGACUCUUUGCACUUUUCAGUAUCUCAUUUUUCUCCUCCUGCAGCUGCAUUUGUGCCACUUUACUGCAAAAAGGUGACGUCCUCCUGUCCCGACACUGGAUUUCCUAAAAUUAAAAAAACUGAUACGUGGGCCAAACAAGCCGCUACUGCUGCACAGACUGAGACCAAAGGAGCUGCAGAAUAAUGAGCCUCUGUAAAGCUCUUACAGAGGAGGCGUCAGUAUUUGGAAGGUUUAAUGACGCUGGCUGCACCCUGUAUGUACCGUACUGUAAAAACCUCAUCUCUUGUAUAGACUCAUCAUCACUCCUGUAUGAACCACACUGGGAAGAAACCAACAACACCCUCCCUCUACCCCUUCAAGCUUGACUUUUUUUUAGGCAAUAAGAGAAGAAAUAAGUUAUCAGAAGGGAUGAUGUGGAGGUCUCUUUAUUGUUCAAGAACCUUUUUCCUUUCUUGGUUCUCUCUUUUUCAUGUUCACUUUAUUUUAAAUGUCUUUUUGUCUCUCCUCGUCUUUCCAUCUCUCUCUUUCUCUGAAUCUGUUUCUCUCCUUUCUGAAAUACUGGAGCAGGGUCCUCUGAACACAUGACAGGUUAUCAUCGCUCUUCUCUCUCUCUCAAUAUUUACAGUAUAUCUGCACGACACCUUCAACAUUUGGCUUUUAGAACAAAUGAUCUUGCAACGGUCAGAACAUCAACUUGAAAAAAACACAAACAAACGGUACUCAGCUGUGUCUUCUCCUCGACUCAUGGGAACGAAACAUUUUAGACAAGAAAAAUAAAAAAAACAGCCUUUAAACGCGUCUCCAUCGAAACAGUUGUACAGUGUUUAUGUGUAUGCAUGUAAUAAAUGGGAAAAUGGUGGAUGGAUGAAUGGAUUUAAUGACAAUAUAUUGUACAAAAAGUAAAUAUAAGUACGUAUGCCUGGAGUGUUAAAAAAAAAAAAGAUACCGGUGGGAUAAAUCACUAUUUUUGUGAUCAUUGUGUAACCAACAGUUGUGAGGAAUAAAGUUAUGAGGUGGGGGAAAUGUGGAGGUUUACCUGAGAGGUAAAAAAGUUAAAAGAUUUGUGAAUGUAACUUUGCAGAGAAACGUCUGUUGGCUUUAUCGAACUGGA